GCUCUGCGCUCAGCACCUCCGUCUUGCGCUCUCAUUGGCUGUAGCUGGUCGCCGCACCACUUUUCACACCUACAGGAUUUGGAGUCGCCGACACGUCUAGAUAUUUAGCCUGCUAGAUAUCUGACGGGCGUCUGCGUUUCCGUCGGGUCGCGUCUUUGAACUCAGCGAUCUGUCGCCGAUUCGUGCGCCGGAUUUACCUCCGAUCAGGGGGUUUGGCCAGUGAUCUCCCGAAAGCGGCGGCCUCACGCUGGAGAUGCAGCCAAUGAGAGCGCAGGACACAGGGGGUGGGGGAAACCCGGGGGAGGAGUCACGCGCAAAGUUCACGCUACACAGCAUCGAAAGCGAUGGCGGCAGCGAAAGCUCGGCGGUCCGGUUGGACCCAAGAAAUGGAAGAAAGUUUGGUUGAACUUUGGCAGGAGCACCAAUGCCUUUUCGUUGUUUCCGACGACCUGUACCACAACCGAGCCGAGAAAGAGAAGAGGUGGACAGAAAUAGCCAAUUCUCUUCAACGGCCAGUUGAGGACGUUAAGACCAGGGCAGUGUCCCUGAGAACACAGUACUCAAGGAUGAUUAAACCGAAACCUAGUGGCAGUCGGAACAAACCAUUGACAUUGAGGCAGAAGUGGCUUCUCGGGGUCAUGGAUUUCAUAAAGCAAUACAUCGUUCACCGUCCAUGCGACAGCGCUCUCGAUGUGUCAUUCAGUGAUCAGGACGACAUGGAACAUCACGAUAAUCUUACAGAUUUACUCGGACAACCUGCAGUCAAGAGUCCGCAGUCAAGACCUGGCACGCCAUCGGCCGCUGCGGCCUCCGCCCCCGAGUGGUUGAACGAUGAAGCUUCCCCAGCAUUAGCUAAUGAAGCUCCUUCACCUGUCCCAUCAGCUGCCAGCAGGGAGGCACGAGAGGAGUCGGGCGCAAGGGGAGUCAAGCGCAAGAGGAGGUCAGAAUCUGGUAUAGAGCAGCAGAGGCUUUUUGUCUUGAAACAAAUGGCAGCAAAAUUUGAUGCUGAUCCAGUUCCUGAUGCUUUGACUACAUUUGGAAACCAUGUAGCAUGUGAAAUAAGGCAACUGCAAGACCCAGCGAAUCUGACAAAAUUAAAGAGAGACAUCAUUAAUAUGAUAUAUGACGCUCAGGACGCUGAAAGGAGUAGCUUGUCCUCCUCAUCUGCACAAUUUGAUUACAGGAUACAAAAGAAUGAAAAAGAGUGAAAAAAAUCAGAAGAAAUACCUCUGGUUUCGUUCUCUGGAAUUGUUUACACUAGUUUUAAUAUUUCAUUGCUUGUGAGACACACAAGCUAGCUAGUUAGCAGCUUGUGCUACCAAAAUGUUUUACCAAAUGAAUUGACAAAACUUGCUUUGUGGUACCCUGGAGGGGAGAGGGGAAUGGGUGCUCAGCGGAAUCUCGCCUAGGGCACCUGAAUGUCCAAGGCCAGCCCUACACUCUGAUGUCAUUAGGAGAGAAAACGGGCUUUGUGAAAAGAAGCACUCCAAUGUACCUGGACUUGUGCAAAUGGUAAACAAAGCAUUAUUUAAUUGCAAAAUCAUACAUAUCUCAUAUGCUCUAAAGUGUAAACAUUGGCACAUGGCAGAUGCCUUAGAAGGUGCUGAUGUCACACUAACACAGGUCCUGUGUCAUCAUUUUUAUCCCUUGUGUGGUAUUCAGGUGGGAUGGAUCCAGUUUCAACGUUUUAGGAAAAAAAGUUGUCUUUUUUAGUAAUCGUACUGCUGAAAAACUCAUGCAGUUUGUUUUAUAAAAGGUUGGAUAAAUACAUAGUUGAGUUGAUUUAUAUAAAAUACUUUAUGCUGUUGUUAAAAAGCAGAAACUUUGAUGAAGCUGAAAUCCCCAGUAAACUAUCUAUUUAUCCAGCUUUUUAUAAAACAAACUGCAUUUGAGCUUUUCAGCUGUACGAUUUCGGGACAAUAGGAAUGGUUUUAGAGUUUGACCAAAGAGUGACGGAGAAGCGGCCAAUAACUGGUCAGCAUAUGUGGGACCUCCGUCCGGACAGCUGGACAAGCAUCCCAGGAGGCCAUGGAACUGGUGUAGAGGGGACAGAAGGGUCAGCCAGUCUAUGGGGCAAUUGGGGUUAAAGGGGAUUUGAAUGGCAAACCUCCUGAGACCCAACCCACAAUUUAAAAAAAAAAAUAAAAAAAUUGUCAGUGCAUAAUUGCAUUUUAUUAUAUAAUAAACCUUUCUAUGGGUAGGUGCAUUAAACUUUUGACUGGUACUGUAUGUCCUUUAGUACAUGUAUAAAUGGAUAAGACCACUGACUGUAAUUUUUCAUUGUUUCCAGCGGUGAUAUUCAUGUGUCAGGUUGUCUUCUCCUAGCAUGCAACUAGUGCCAGUUCUCACCGUUCUAGGCCAGUGAAAUUUGACUAAGUAUGUGCUAUUCUUAAAUAUGCAGGGAUGCUGUAAUAGACUGGCGCACCUGGCCAGUACACUGUAAUUAAGAACAGAAUUUCAAAGGCAUAGUUCUGAGCAUCUGACUUGAUUGGCAUUUCAUACUUCCUGAUUACAGUAAUUUACAUCUUAUUUCAAAUUAAGGAAAGUAAAGGUAAACUUAACACCCAUCAUGCCCCCACCCGUUAAUCAAAUGAGGAAAUGUGGCU